UGCUAUAGGUGUAUAAAUAAUAAUAUAGUGUUAAAUAAAAUCAGUCCCUUGGGCACAAAACUGAAAAUAAUACAGCUCUCCAAAAAGUGCACUUCUGCUGCUAUUGGAACAUACUAACUACACACACUAUGACACUAAGAACACCACAGUCAUCAAUCAACAAUUCUUCUUCCAAAAAAUUUGCAUGUCUGCUUUUUCAGGAUCAAGUCUGACCCGCUCUUCGCUAAUCGGGUCACCAACGGUGGAAAAAACACGUUUACUUGGCGUGGAACUAACUUGGACACACAGCAUGGAUGUCCUCAUGAAAGUGGACCUCACACUGACCAACACCACCAGCCACCCAGGAGAACCUGACCACCUGGACUUAAUCAAAACCCAAGGACUGAACCACAGUGACCCACUGAACAUGUUUGUGGGCAUGGAGCUGCUUCUUCGUUUCAAACCUCUCUUCAUGCCGCUCUACUGCCUCGUCGUGGUCAUCGCCAGCGUGGGGAACUCCUUCCUGUUGACUUGCAUCCUGGUGGAUAAAAAACUCCACAACGCCACCAACUUUUUCAUCGGAAACCUGGCUGCUGGAGACCUGCUGAUGUGUCUGAGCUGCGUGCCGCUGACCAUGUCCUAUGCCUUCGACAGCCAUGGAUGGGCUUUUGGGAGACCGCUGUGUCACUUGGUGCCUUUGCUGCAAUGUGCUACUGUGUUUGCGUCCGUGCUGUCCCUCACAGCCAUCGCUGUGGACCGAUACGUCGUCUUAGCUCACCCUGUGCGAAGGAGGAUCUCUUUGUGGGGUUGUGGCGCGGUGGCGACGGCUGUCUGGCUUUUGUCUCUGGCCUUGGCGGCGCCGCCGUCCUUUUACACACGCUACCUCGACCUGCGGCCCAGUGGCGUAGACCUCGUGGUUUGCGAGGAGUUCUGGCCUGAAAACGGCAAUCUGCGACUGCUCUAUUCCUGCUUCAUCCUCAUUGCCUCCUACAUGAUCCCACUGCUGUCCGUCAGCAUCUCGUACUGCGCCAUCAGCCUCAGCCUCAAGCGCUAUGCGGUACCCGGCGAGCGGGCCGGCGGGAAGCAGCACUGGAAGCAAAAGAGGAGGAAGACCUUCUCGCUGUUGGUGGCCUCAGUGCUCGCCUUUGCUCUCUGCUGGCUGCCUUUGCAGGUGCUCAACCUCCUACUGGACCUGGACCCAGACUGUGACAUCAUCGGCAAGCGCUACAUAAAUGUCCUCCAAGUCUGCUGUCACUUGGUUGCGAUGAGCUCGGCGUGUUACAACCCCUUCAUCUACGCGUCGCUGCACAUCAAGCACAACAUCCAUCCAUCCAUCCAUCCAUCCAUCCAUCCAUCCAUUUCCAAUCCUGUCCCUUUCCGGGUCGCGGGGUGCUGGAGUCCAUCUCAGCUGCAUUCGGGCAAUGGUAUGUAAAUGUAUUUUUCGUCAGUUAUUCUUUAAGUCGCUUCUUAUGCAGUAUAUUUGGUUAGUACCUUUUUUUUCUAAUCAGCCUCACCUAAGCCUAAGGUUAAUGUGUAUAUAGAUAAGAUUAGUUCUUGUGUAUAUAGGUAAGAAUAAUCUUUGUGAUUAAAAUUUGACAGGGUUGUAAACUUUAGGUAGAUUAAAUAUAAUUAUUGAAUACUAUCAAAAUUAAGAGUAAGAUUACUAAUUCAAUGUCAAUAUUUAAGUGAGUCUGUACUGGAAAAGUUGGGCCCUGCUAUAGAAGACGCUGGCUCUCCGGAAUAUACAAAAUAAGACUAAUAGUGCAAGGUGAAGUCAGUGUCUCCAGUCCUUAGCUGUCUGGAAAUGUGGCCCCUAAAACAAUUUAAUUGAAUAGCCCUGCUGCAUUCGGGCAAUGGUAUGUAAAUGUUUUUUUCGUCAGUUAUUCUUUAAGUUGCUUCUUAUGCAGUAUAUUUGGUUAGUACCUUUUUUUUCUAAUCAGCCUCACCUAAGUCUAAGGUUAAUGUGUAUA